AUGAAUACCAGAUCUAAUUUGGAUUUACAUAUAAUUCCUAUCUCUCAAUUACAAUAUACAUCUUCUUGUCGACAACCAAAAAAUACAUCAGUCUCUUCAUUUAAUUCUAUUAUAGCUAUGGCUGAUGCACAGUCUACUGUUGAAUCAAAUGCUGAUAAUAAACUACAAGAUAUUGAUUCCUUUCAUGUUUCCUUAAAAAAUUUGGACAUGUUACGUGAAUAUGAAAAUCAACGUUUAAGUGUUAUAAAAAUGUUAACAAUGGAAGAAAUGAUGAAUAUUGCUCAAUGGCUAUUAAGUUUAUAUAAUAUCUAUGAAGAAUUACGUUAUCCGUUAUUGUCUCGUGUCUCUAAUGUAAUACGAUAUUUUCAGGAAGAAGAACAGAUAUGGUUUCAACAUACACAGAGUGAAAUAAAUAAUGAUUGGUCUUGUUUUUGUAUGAAAUUAAAACAACAUAUUCAUCAUCGAUUACAGUCUUACAAUGUUAAUUCCCUUACAGAUAAAUCCAUUUCAUUUGUUAGUGAACCAAAUCAACUUAAACAACUUAUCAACGGUAAUUUCAUUAAAUAUGAUGGUAAAGAUGAUGCUAAACGGUGGUUGCUAGCAACCAUUAAUAAAUUUAAAGAUUAUCAGUUACCUGAAUCUGAUCAACUGCAAAGUAUACCACUAUUAUUGGAAGAUAAAGCAUUACUUUGGUAUAAAGAAAAUGAAAAGUUAAUUAUUAGCAUUGAAAAAUUUCGUGAAUUAUUUCUCCAACAAUUUACAAUCAUCAAUCCUAAUCCUGAUACGAUUAAUUUGCUACUUGCUUCCGAAUUAUCUAUUACAAUGACUCGUGAACUUAUUCGCACACCUAUUUAUUUUUCCGGCUUAAAAGAUGAUGUAUUUGACUGGCUUGAAAAAAUUGAACGACGAUUUAGAAUGGCAAAUUGGGAUGAUGACAAUAAAUUAAGAUAUAUUUCUAUACAUUUGCAAGACGAUGCAUAUAAAUGGUGGAUUCAAGCCUCAAAAAAGAUUUUGACUUGGCCUGAUUUUGUUAAAGAUAUUACGCAAGCAUUUACAUCAGCAAAAAUGAAAGAAUUGGCAUUUGAACAACUACGAUGGUAUAAACAAUCGGUCAACCAAACAAUUACUCAAUAUUAUGAUCAAAUUUUAGAAUUAUGUACGCGAAUUGAUCCCGACAUGCCUGAUUCUUUGAAAUUACAAUAUCUUAUUGCUGGUGUUAAGGAAUCAUUGAAACUACAUAUAGCAUUACAUGAUCCACAAACCAGUGAAUCUUUUUUUACAUAUGCAAGAAAAUUAGAAGCCACAUUAUCAUUUACUAAUAGUAUUUAUGACAAUAAUCAAACAAAGGAUCAUCAUGAUGCUGCUGCAAUGCAACAAUUUCCAUCUUCUUUCAAUAAUUAUUCUCAACAAUAUAAAAACAAACAAAAAGAUUAUGUUCAACGUUCACGAACUCCAACUUACCAAUCAUUUCGUAACUAUAUUCCAUUCAAUACAAAGCAUACUCAUACUAAUCAACCCCAAUAUGAAUCAUCAAAAUCAAAGUCAGUUAUUUGUUAUAAUUGUGGUACUCCCGGACAUUAUUCUCGGGACUGUACCCGUUCCCAUUUCGAGUAA